ACCUGGCAAUACUGGGCCGCCAGUCGUCAAAACAGUAAGCGCGCUGUGAGAUAUUGGAGGAACUUAUCGGUCGGUCUGCUAUUAUUCUCGCCAUUUCUCUUUUUCUGGACUGGAUUUCAUCAAAGAUAUGAACUGAAGAACAAAUGGCAGUGGAAAGAGAAGCAGUAGACUGUGAGAACACUAUGUUGGGUGCAGGUGUAAACAACAGUGGACAUAGACAAAGUAUUACCAACUGAACCAAAGAAUUACAAGUAGACAAGAAAUUAUUCUUCCUUGUGGAAAUAUGUUUUGAAAUAAUUCAAAACUUGUGUAAAGAUUCACCCCCUCAUAAGACUUUUGUCACAUGUAAUAAAAGUUUACCAGCCAUCACAAGUACAGUAGUAUAUCAGCCUGAGUAUUAUUGUUUACCAGCCAUCACAAGUACAGUAGUACAGUAUAUCAGCCAAAGUAUUAUUGUUUACCAGCCAUCACAAGUACAGUAGUAUAUCAGCCUGAGUACUAUUGUUUACCAGCCAUCACAAGUACAGUAGUAUAUCAGCCUGAGUAUUAUUGUCUACUGUACAUCAGAGGAGCUGUACAUAUAACAAUAGUGUACAGUAUAUAAUUUUUGUACACUUCCCUGUUGAGUGUUUUUAUAGUGUAUGUUGUAAGUCAUAAACAGUGUUUGUUAAUGACAAGUAUAGUUAUAUGUGUAACUCAUUUUUUACGCCAUUUUUCACAUUUAGUUCAAAGAGGUAUAGAGGAACCUUGUUAAUAAUGGUGUAGUCACAUCACAAACUGGAUCUUCCGUCACACUUACCUCCUCACUGUCCUCCCGUCUCAGCAUCAUUACAUCAUUGUCAGUAAAUCACAUUCACUAAUUGAUUUAUGUUUCAGUUUUCAUUGUCAAAUAUAAUUAACAGUAACAAGAUAUUAAUCGUUCUUGUAGGAGGAAACAGUUUGCCAGUUAAGUGUCACUAAAACCUUUGAACACACAGUUCACGCAGUUUUAUAAUGGCAGGUCGCUCAGAGGAACAGUCAGAGUCUCCCAGAGAAUUGUCUGUAAAAUCACAUCAAGUAACACAUGUGAAAGAUCAUACAAGAGAGAAGCCAUUUGAGUGUUCAGAAUGUUUGAAAAACUUUCCAUAUAAAAGUAAAUCAACAAUACACAUGAGAAAUCAUACAGGAGAGAAACCUUAUCAGUGUUCCGAGUGUCUGAAAAAAUUUUCAGAAAAUUCUUCUUUAGUCAAACAUAAGAGAAUUUAUACAGGAGAGAAACCUUAUCAGUGUUCUCAGUGUCUGACAAAUUUUUCACUAAAAUCUUAUUUAGUCAAACAUAUGAGAAUUCAUACAGGAGAGGAACCUUAUCAGUGUUCUGAGUGUCUGAGAGGCUUCUCAAGAAAAUCUAAUCUAGAGGUACAUAUGAGAAUUCAUAGAGGAGAGAAACCUUAUCAGUGUUCUGAGUGUCUGAAAGACUUCAUAAGAAAAUGUGACCUACAGAGACAUACGAGAUUUCAUGCAGGAAAGAAACCAUAUCAGUGUUCUGAGUGUUUAAGACAUUUUUCACGUAAUUCCUCUUUCAUAAAACAUAAGAGAAUUCAUACUGCAGAAAAACCAUUUCAGUGUUCAGAAUGUCAUCAACGCUUUUCUGAAAGUUAUCUUCUAGUAAGACACAAGGAAGUUCACUCACAAAAACCUUUCGUCUGUGUAAGAUGCAUGAAACACUUUAAAGUGAAAGAGAGUUUAAUAUUACAUGUAGAGAGAUGUUACCAGACUGACCAAGUGGUCAACUCUCAUCACUAUGAAGGUGAAAGUUGCCAGGAUUUGCACCAUGACUUGAGCUUGUCUAGCCAACCAACAGUGGAGAUGUGUGUUUCUGAAGGAGUGAAAAAGGAAACUAAUCAUGAUCCACUCUCAGUUAUUUGUGAGACACAAGCUUCACCAGGGCCUGAGAUAAUUGACCAAUUUUCUUUAAAGAUGGAGUGCCAGGAAGAAAUAGAUAUUGUUAAGGAAGAAUUCUGAAACUUGUUGAAAACUGGGUCCCAUAGGCAUGACUGCCCAUUAUAAUAGGCUGGCCAAAGAGAGUAGUCAUCUAGAAAAAAAAUAAACUUUUUUGGUAAUAGCAGGAGCCCACCUUAGAUAAGUUGUAUUGAGGAUACCAAACAAAAUGUGGGUGGACGCCAUUCUCAAUUUUGGGUUUGAGGGUCACAUACAAGGUCACAAAUGUCAAAUUUUGAAAAAUUCUGAAUUUUUUAAUUUCAAUGGUGGCUCUAUGUAACUGUUUAAAGGCAUACCAUUAGCACAUAAAGCAUAUUGUUGUAAUUUUAUUGAUAAUAAAUGAAUGGAACUAUGA